ACUCGCUUCUCUGUCUAUUCCUUGACCCUUCUCUUACCUCGACAUCACAUCCAACAUCCUAACAACAUCAAGUCGGGCCGGGGACUUGGGGAUGCUAUGUCUUCGCGGCCCUCUUCCAGUACAUCCAAGGAUAUGCCGUCGGCCUCGGCUCCAGGUCUGCGGCGAUCUUUCACCCUUCCUUCGAGACUCGCGAACCCGCCAAAGGCUCAACAACAAGUCGAGAUUGGUUCCGCCGAUGGCAUCGAGACGUUGUUCGUACAUCCUUCCGCCAAGAUCGUAUCCUUCAGUUCAGCAUCUUCCCUGAGAUCGCGGCCUAGCUCAAGGUCGAGCAUUGCCAGCUAUGAUGGAGAAGCAGACUGCACGACCUCGUUACCAUGGACAUCGCCUACUGAACGGACCAUGGCUGCAGGACCCCUAGAGAUCUACCGCGUGCCUGGAUCCGUCGCAUUUCUACAUUCUGGAAGUCUACUCCACGCCAUUCUCCCUCGUUCACAAUGUUGGUGCGUCGACGGCGUCUCCAAGUUCGCCAUGCGCGUACUGCCCAACACAUACUAUCGUAUUGAAUUACCUGGAAACACGAAAGAAGAUUUGGAGAACGUCGAGCAGCUCAAGAAGACAUUGGCCAAAGUCCUGUACUAUGAGAGGACAGCUUGUCCCUUCCAAAGGGGGUUUGGAGACGAUCUACCAGAGAUGCCGAGUAGAAACUCGCGCAGGUUGUCAAGAGAGUUCAUUGAACCUGCGAAACGUUGGAGACUUGACAAGGUCUGGAGACCUGAGGGGGCCGAGCUCGAGGAACCGCAACUCUUGCAUCCGGACAGGAAUAACUACACUUCGGACACUGAUCGCUCAGAGAUCGACGAUGCCGUCAAAUCAGAAGCUGAGGAUAGUGGGAAAGAGCAGGAUACAAGACCGGCCAGCAGAGACAAGCCAACCCAACUAUCCGGUCCCUUUGCAUCCAAGAGACUGGCGACCAUGCGGUCAGUCACCGCUCCUCCUCAACUGAGCCUGGAAUCAUCACCUCCAUCAAAGGCCAACAAGGUUCGCAAGAUGGCUGGCAUUUUCAAUCAGACCGGCCGUGAUACCGUCCAGACCCUUCCUCGCCCUCUCUCGACCACUCGUGUUCCAAGACUACCACCCACACCUGAGUCUACCGAUCAUGACCACGAUUUGCCUCUACAACCCGCUGAUCAACCCUCUGAUCAGAGCACUACUGUCAAUGAGCCCCUGGACUCUAUUUCUGGAAGACCCAUAGCAAUUGUGGUGAACGAACAUGGUGCCCCUGUUCCUACCGAACCAUUGAUCAUCGUCGAGCAAGCGGAUGAUGAGUUUGAGCACAACCACUCUAGUGACACCCAUUUGGAGGCAGAAGACGCAAUCGUUGAAGCUCAUUUGCCAGAAGAGCCACAGGAUCAGGCAGUCACAGGAGCUUCAGAUGCGAUCGAAGAAGCAAAGGCAGAGACCACAUCAACAGCCAUCGCCCUCGAAGAAGCUACCCUACAAAACUCCGCUGAAGAACAACUUCUCACAGACUACCCAACAUCAUCCCCAGCGACAUCAACAACCGAAACAAUCUCAACAGCAACCUUUACAGCUUCCUCACCAGCCCUCUCAACAACCUCCCUCUCAACAGCAACUUCCUGGUCCACCCUCCCUGUCCUGACACCCUCUGAAGCAACAGACCUCCUCCGCCAACGCCGCCCACCCUCUCCAUCUCCCUCUUUAUCCACUCGCUCUUCCUCCCCUCCUGCGCCCACCCAAACACCAGCUAAACCCACCUCCUCCUCAACCGCUCUCAUCAAAACCUCUCCCGCCCUCCUCGUCCGCAAAACCUGCGCUCUUUUCUUAGGUCCCCCUGCAAAUCUCGUAGCCACUAUGCUCAGGAUAGCAGCCCGUCUUGUGGCGAGUGGAGCGUUGAAUCUAGCAGAACCAGCAUUCCACGAUUUAUUCGCCGGGAACGGAGCAAACACAAGUGCGGCGGGUGCGAUUGCUGCAGGAAGAUUGAGAGGACAUAGAAGGGUCCCUGGAUCCUGGGAUUUGAGCGAUGACGAUGAGGAUUGGGGGUUUUGAGGACAAGGUUGGAAAGGGUUGAAGAAUUAGGGAAUCGGGAGGUGUAAAGGGGAGGUAUAUUGGUUGUUUUUUUUCUUUCCCUGUGUUUUGUUUUGUUUUUCUCAUUGGUCUUUGGCGCGUUCUUUUGCAUCCGUUACGAUACCCAUAUAUUCGGUUGUUUCUUUUUUUUUUCUCCAGUUGUUUCCAUCAUUCAGAGAGUCUUUGAGCUCACGGAUCAAGCAUUCAGGGGUUUUACGUAGAACAAUCCAAUCUUGACUUCAGAUCCAACCAGAACAGAUUCUAUAUUGCAUCAC